UAAGAUUCUCACCCGACCGCAAAUGCCGGCAAAUGAACGCAUACACAUGCGACUCGCAUCUGAAUAGUUUCAGUGGCAUCCAAAAACUCCAGUGAAAAAUAUUUUUCCACUGUUUGAAAUUAACUUACUACGGUGUUUUAUUUCUACAUUAGGUUUGUCUUUUUCUAAUGGAAGCUCACACAGUCUAGACUUUGUUGUGUAUUUUUUUUCAGUGAGUGACUUUAUCAAAGCAAGUAUGAGCAGUGAUAUCCCGACUGCUAUCAAGAUCGAUGGAAGUAUGCGUAUGCUACCAGAAAAUCUAAAUUUGAACACAAACAAUGACCCAACUGCUGGACAGACUCCGGCUGAACAGUCAUCGGUUGAUAAAAUGCCAAACAAAACACGUUCAACAGAAAGCCUGAGACGGCAAAGCUCGGAGAUGAGCGGUGACAAAAUGUCAGUGAGGGCGCUGAUAGAGAUAGCUGUGGCUGAGGUGGUCGGCACUGCCUGCCUCUUGUUCUUCGGAUGCAUGAGUCUGAUUGGCCCGUCCAUUCCACCGCUCCAACCUGCCAUUGCCUUCGGAUUGGUUGUUGCAACCAUUGUUCAGAUCUUUGGACACAUAAGUGGGUCUCACCUGAAUCCCACCGUGACACUCUGUGCAGUCAUUAUGAGGAAAAUCAACGCAGUCUCUGCUCUCGUCUAUGUGUUAUCAGAGUGCCUUGGAGCCAUCCUUGGUAUUGGAUUAUUAAAUUUGGUCACGCCGUGCGAUCUAUGGAUGGCGUCUGCUCCAAAUGGAUCAGUGUGUGUGACAGCUCCAUUACCAAUUCUCCAUGACGGUCAAUCGCUGGCCAUUGAGUUUUCCGCCACUUUCUUUCUGAUCCUGGUUGUCUGCUGUGUUUGGGACGAACGAAACUCUGACAAACUCGACUCUGUACCUCUUAAAUUCGGCGUUGUCAUUGCGUUGUUGGCAAUGGUUGCUGGCCCAUAUACUGGAGGCAGUAUGAAUCCUGCUAGAAGUUUGGGACCAGCUUUUUUGACUGGGAACUUCCACAAACACUGGGUUUACUGGGUUGGACCACUGUCAGGAUCGGCAGUAGCAAGCUUUUUCUACAAAUCAAUAUUUCUGAGGAAACAGGCUCUGCGUCCAGGGGUAGCAGAAGAGGUUCCACUUAGUCGUACAUGAAACAUGAGAGAUUAUGUACUUUCAAAAACAGUGAUUGCUUUUAAAAAGUGAGAGACUCGUAGACAUCUAAGAUGGAGCGUUUUUUUGUCGAAAAUGAGAUCUAUGAAAUGCAGUAGAACUGUAGAUUUUCUGUAAUGGGCUACUAUAAUUCUGGGCUAUUAUAGUUCUGUGAAGUACGAUAACCUACAAAACAACUAACGUUAUCAGAUACUCUCCGUUUGAAGUACAAUUUUCAAGGCAUUUCAAUUAUUUCUUAUCAGAGAAGAAAUUUCUCAAAUCAUAUAAAUCUCUUUUAAUAGAUCAGUGAAGGUCUAGCAUUUGAUAGAAAAUGAAAUAUAGACUGAUGUUUAUGAUCUGUGAAAAAAUAUUUGAUAACAUGACUACUAUUAUGUUACAAGUAUGACUACUACUAUUCGAUACAUGACCACUUCUACACAACUGUUUAGUACAAAUUAUGAUAAAAACCUGUGUUGAAUUGAGUACAAUAAUUAUAUACACAUACAGUGUUGUCAUAUUGUUAAAAUUGUUAAAGUUUUUGAUACAUUGUUCCAUUGUAUUACAUACAGGUAAUAUGGUAAAGAGUUGCUUUGUUAUGUUAUUAGAGAUGUAACUAUUAUUUCAUUAUAAUAAUCAGAUUGAUGAUUAAAUAAAAAAGUUUGAUGAAUAGAGCUUUA